AUGUCUGUAUUAGGGGGCUGCUUUGUCCUGCAUUUACUCGCCGUAAUAACUUUGUGUGUCUCGGAACAGCCCCGGGGUGGUUCUUACUCGGAUUUAACCAAGAUCGAUGAACUGGAGGACCCGGGGAUAUACUUACUCACGGAAAACGGGACUGUCCCAUGGGAAGACUCAUCAAAUGACUCCCAUCAUAGCAGGGAGCAGUAUGGUCCCACUCCGUAUGGCACAACAACGACAACAGCAGCAGCAGCAGCAUCUGAUGUGCUUAGUACCGAGAAGCCCGUGGUUACCCCGGUAACGGGAAGCUCGGACACAGCUCCCCCGGUUUCAGAGGUAUUUCCUGAGACCCAGGCUCCUGUCAUUGUGACUGACCCCGGUUCCUCUGUGGAGCCCCGUGCUCGGGCUCUGCCCUCCCCUGUCACUAACGUUGCCAGCCUGUGUGUUUGCGACCUGUUGGUGGAUCAGUGUGAUGUUAACUGUUGCUGCGACUCGACGUGUUCUGCAUCGGAUUUCAGCGUUUUUUCAGGAUGCUCGAUUCCUGUUGUCACUGGUGACAGUCAGCUGUGCACACGUGAUGCUGCUUUCUAUUCAAUGAAUUUUAUCCCUGCAGUUCCCCAAAGAGUCAUCCAAAAUGCGGAGCUCAUUAAUCCAAAUGUGUUCUGCAUUCAAGCAACCAACUAUGGACCAGCAUUGUCCUUCAUCACACCUGAUGUUCCUACAGAGAGUAACUUUGACAGUUUGCUUAAAGAGUUUGGUGAAGUUUCAUUCAAUACAGACAAUCUGGUUGUCUCUUCUGGAGCCCAGAAUGCAACAAGAUAUAAGUAUGGAUCUCCUGUCUUAACUUCAGACUCUUUCUUAAAACUUCCAGCUUCUCUGGGUACCAAUGUCUGCACAGAUAAUAAUCCCAUAGGUUUCCUAAUGAACCAGGAUUUUAGAUGCACUAGAAGUGUACAGAUUGACAAUUGCUCUGUUCCUGCAUUGUCCCUUGGAACGUACACAGAUAUUGGGAUUUUGACAGCACCUAAUUCCGAAAAACCGGUUAAUAUCACGGUACAGUCUAUUUUUCUGAAAUCUCUGAAUGGGACCCUCACUAUAGAAAACCCCGGGAAUGUUACACCAUCUUUUGACAACGCUACAGGUAUCUGCAGCUUUGUGGUUUUGGGGGGUAGUUACACCAUAAUGUAUACUGAUCAAGGAGAGAUUACAAAUGUUACGGCUUCUUUUACCCUGGGAACAAUUGACAGUACAGUGGUUCCAAUAGAACAGAGCUUUCAAAUUCGGUUCAUCCAGGAUGGAACAGUACCUUCUCCAAUCAGUGGAAAUCCUGGUUAUGUCGUUGGGUUACCUUUAAUGGCAGGAUUUAAGUUGACACAAUCGGGUAUCAUCCAGAGUACAAACAGGUUCAACCAACUAACUAUGCUAAGAAGCUCUGCAGACCAAAACUGCCUGGUUGAAGAAGGUAGCAGGACACCAGUGCUGUUCGGUUAUAACAUGGUGUCUGGCUGCAGACUGCGUUAUUCUUUGACUGCCUUUUGCCAACUUGCAGCAGAUGUUGUCCUUAAAGUUCUGAGAGGCCAGCAGUUUCCAGACUAUGUGGCCUCAUUUGGGAAUUCUCAGCCGCAGAAUGUGUUAGACUGGGUGCCGAUUACUGUUGUUAGUUCUACAGAGCAAGGAAACAUCCCGGAUGCUUGUAAAAUCCCAGUAUCUUUAGAAACAGAAGUAAGAUGGACUAAAUAUGGCUCCUUGGUCAAUCCCCAAGCAAAGAUUGUAAAUGUUACUCAAAAGAUCAGUCAUGUUUUUAUUCCGACUGCGCUUUCAGCAAGUGAAAGGUUUCUACAGAUCUCCACUUCUGUCUCAUUCAUUGAUGUGUCUGCACCUGCACAGCCCGGUUACAAAGCUCAACCAACAAUUGAUGCCAAACUGCCCUUUGGUUUCUUCCACCCAUUUGUAUAAAACUAGCUGGUAACACAUUAGUUGGUUAUCUACUUUAAUUCUGAGAAACAUUAAUGUUGUAGCUGUAAAUGAUUAGACAGUCAGAAGACUUAAUUAUCCUAUUUCAUAUUGAAGACUGCAAGGGCAAUUCCUCAUACGUUACAUUACGCAUAUCGUAAUGUAACUUUAGUAGGGUUGCAUCUUUUUCAAAA